AUGAGCAACACGUGCGAGCGGCCAAGAAGCGAUUUCGAAACGAUCGAUCUUCACGAUUGUUCAAGAACUUCGCCAAGUGCUUCAACAAUGGCAGCCUCAAGACGAGAUUCGAAGUUCGACAAUGGUCGUGUUGUAUCACAAUACAUCAUUGAUCAGCCAAAGACGUUCUAUGACGAGCCAUCGCCGACAAGCUCUGCCUUCUCGGUGGACAUUCAGGACUGCAAAUUGCCUACAUCUCCUCCUGCCACGCUCGCUUCGCCUUGGAGACAUUCGCAGACUCUCGACUAUUUUCAAGAUACCAACCUCGACAAGGCGGAUGUACUGUUUGAUAUCGAGCAAGGCAGUCCUUCCACAAGGACUACCCGAUGGCCGACAUCACUGUCACUGUCGUCGGGUCUCGGUAUCUCAUCUCCUACAUCUUCUAGAGCCAAGAAGAUACAGCGCAACCAGUCCCAAAGCACGAAGAAACCAGCUCCCGUCACUAAUUUCUUGAGCUCGUUCCGGCCCAGUCGUCUGGCAGCUGCACUUCGAUCGACUGUACAGAACAUGUAUUCAGGAUCUCCAGCAAAGAAGUCCUGCCCGUCAACACCUCUUGCUUCGGCGCCAUCAUAUCUCAAUUCUGAGAGUGUGCUCAUGUUGAGCCUGCGUGCUAGCGGUGAUAGUGAGGUCAAAUCAAACGGCACCAGUAUCGGCGACAGUCCACGACUGUAUGCACCUCCCCGCUCAAGCGUUCGAUCCAAAUCGAAGACCGCAACAUUGCCUAUUCCAGCAACGUCGAGUCGUCGCUCGAAAGCAGAUCACGAGAAGGCACUAUGGUCCCGUCACAUCGAUGCUGCUACAUCAAAAACUUCCUCAUCACCACACAGCAACACUUCUUCCACAUCCCGACGGGCUCCUCCCCCUCCCUUCGACGACGAAGUCUUCUUCCUUCAGCUCCGCGAAAGCUACACCCACCUCCGCGGCGGCUCACUCUGGCGCACCUGUUCCGCCCGCUCUCUCCAGCGUAUAACCGUCCAAGGCCGAGGCCCCCAAGACUUCGCCCGGCCGAGCCGUAGCUCCUGCGAUCUCUACAGCUGCUACAGCAGCAGCAAACUCGAGAUCCUCUCCCCGACGUUUCCCACCAGCGCCAACGGCGACAGCGGCAGCAGCAGCAGCCCCAGCCCCACCGCAUCAACCUUCCCCAUCCUCUCCGACGACCCAUCCUCCCCCCCGACGACCAAAGACCAAACCGCUUCCACCCUCCUCGCCCUCUUCCGCGACCCGGCCCUCGGCCGCGACCACACCACCCACGUGCAAUGGGCGCGCCGCAUCGCCAACAUGCCGACCCUGCGGAUCGUGCCGCCCCACAACGACGGCUGCGACCCCGACCCGGACGACGCGGCCGCGGACGCCGACGUCGAGGGCCAAGACCGUUUCGCGCAGGAGGGCUUGGUCUUCGAGAUCGGAUUCUCGUGGCGCAGGAUCGUCGCGGCCGUCGGCUUGGUGCUGCUCGCGGCUGUUCUGGUCGGCAGUGCGGCGGGGCCCGGCGCCGUGCUGGGGAUUGGAGCGGCGAGUGCGGUGAGCGCGGUUCUGCUUGGGGGUUGCGUUCUGCUGGCGGGGCUGGCGGCGGUGGCGGUGUGGUUGGGGGUGAGUUGGAUGAUGCUGUGA